GUAACUUUAGCUAGUAUAAGCCAAAUACACUAUGCUUGUGGAGGAGGUACCGAAAAGCAGUAAGUCUGGAAACUCUACUGUAUACUUCUCGUCGCUGAUUAAUCUCACAGCUAGACCUUCAGCCUUUUCGGGGAUUAAUUCAAUUCAACGGGAUGGGUCUCCACAAUUAGGACAAGAACAAGAAGACGGUAAUGAUCAGCCGAAUAACAGUAGGAUGUCUAAGAACCGAGCCAAAGUCAACUAUAAUUUGAAUGAUUUGAUGAAUGCCCAGACCCAAACCAAUAAUAACGUCACCAAUAGAAAUACCCCAUUGAAAUCGUCACAACAAAUACAACUAGAAAAAAUAGCAACAAGGAGAAUGAAUGAGCUUAAUAGAGAGACUCCUUCCUCUUCAUUUGACUUGCCCAAGAACUUUUCUUACCAAAGUGUUCAUUCGAAAAAUAAGUCCCUGAUCGAUAAGAAAUCCAGGUUGGGUAAUACCCCCACCACGAAAAAGAUUUUGGCGGCACGAAGAAACUUAAACUCAUAUUUCGAAGAAGAGAGAAAUUUGAUGUCGGUGAAUUCAAUAUUGAGUGUCCAUUAUCAGUUUCUUGAAGGUGAUUCCACCAUUGCCGAGCCUCCAUCCAAAAAACAGAAGAAUGUUCAACGUUUUAAGCCUUUCAAACCUAGAUUAAAGCUUUGUUGCAUAUGUGGACUUAAUUCACCAUACUCUAGAUGUACUCUAUGCGGAUUAUUUUCUUGUAGCGUCAAAUGUAAUAGACUUCACCAAGAAUCAAGAUGUAUUUAAAACUAUAUAAUUAUAUUACGAUUAAUGAAUAGACUUUUC